AAAUGAGACAAAGUGUUGGAGUGAUGAGGAAUAAAACUCAUUUACUAUUCAAGUACAAAGAGGAACAGAAGCAACAAGCCAAUAGAUUCAAGAAAGCCAAUGAUAUUCACAUAUCAAGUUUUUAAUUUGUUUUAUCCCAUAUAGAACCAAAUACAUUGUUGUUAGAUAGUUCUGGCGAGUCCACAGCCAGCAAUUUCUCAAUUGAAAUGCAGGCUCACAAUAAGGGUUUGCCAUCUGAAUGGGCCAGUCACUACGAGGAUUGUCUUGACAAAAUCAAACAAGUACAGGAGAUACGUAUAUUAUUAAAUCUUAAUACGAAUAGUUAAGGAACUUCAAAUACUGGGAUCGAAAAGAUUGAAGAUGCAAUUUGGAGAUGCCACAGCUUUGGAGAAACUGAUCUACGAAAACAAUUAGAAAGCGACAUAAGUAUUCCUCUUCUCUAAAGUAGAAAAUUAUGGAAUGUGAGAAAAACACAGAAUUAAUUGCCAAUUAUAGUAGUGAAAAGGAAACACCAAGUGAUCAGAGAAGUAUUGUACUCUCCUUAUCAAUAGUCCGAAUGAAUAUCAAUAGGGCGUUGGCAUAAUAAAUCUAGGAAUUAACUAAUGCGUUAAGAAAUCAAUAGAAGAGAAUGGUUACUAUGAUCAAGUAAAUUAACAAGGACGAUGGAGGUAUCAAUCUCAUAAUAGGAAUUAGCAAAUUUCUUGAAAUUAAGCGAACAAAAACAACAAGAAAUGAAAGUUGCUGAUGACGAGCUUACCCAAGCAGAAGAGUAGAUGUACGAUGACAUCAUUUGCGAGAGGUUCACUUUUUUAAUUUAUGUAUUUAGAGACCAGGAAAUCAAUAAACUUGUUACUAUGAUUAAUGAGUUGGCUGAAGUGUUCAAAUCAUUAAAUUAAUUGGUGAUUGAUCAAGGCACUAUUUUAGAUAGAAUCGAUUACAAUAUUGAUUAAGCUGUAUUCAAUGUCAAGAAAGCCAACGAAGAAUUGAAAAAAGUACUCCACCAUUAUUAUUAUUAUCAAAUAGGCUGAAGAUUACUAGAACUCUCCUUUAGCAAAACGAUGCAUUAUAAUACUAGUUAUUAUGAUUGCUAUUUGCAGCAUCCUAUUAACAAUAAAAUAUUCAAGUUGAAGUCAUUAUUUAUUAUUAUUAUAUCAAAU